AUGGCUAUCAAAAUGAUAGACAAACAAGUCCUUGCGUGCAAUCUUGAUGCAUUUGCCGGUAGAGUUACAAACUCAACCGACAUCAACGAACAAGCUAUCGAAUGGCUCUCACCAACCCCAUCCGCUGUGACUCUGGAAGCUGCUUGGUGCGUGACACUGCGUCUUUAUACUGGCCUGGAUCAUUUAUCUUUCGGAUCUUUGACCCAAGAUGGCAUUGUUGCUACUAAGCUCUGCAACCUUGGGCCUCAUGAUACCCUGGAGGAUGUCUGCUCCCAUGUCCAGCUGUAUGACUACAGUGAUGACACUGUUUGCCAUUACAACACCGCAGUCAUCUUUAAGUUGGAUGAAAAUGAAGGAAAAAAGUUGUCGGAAUUGAUCCCACGAGGAAUUGAUGUUGCAUUGAUGGUUACGGGUUCCAACCUUGGCGUCUUGGCCAGAGCGAGCUUCAUGGAUGCUGAUGAAGCUCGGAAUCUAUGCCAAAACUUUAGACACGUCCUCAACUGCUUCCAAGAGCCAAAUCAAGCAGUGAGAGGAAUUACUCUUAGCGACAACGAUGUCAACCAAAUUCUGAGCUGGAACAAGAGCCAGCUGACACGCACCGAGUCGCUAAUUCACGACCAAUUCGCUCGCAUUCUCCAGCGUCAACCUGACAAAUCGGCCAUCGAAUCCUGGGAUGGAAACAUGACAUAUCGGGAGCUUGAUGCAGCCUCAUCAUCUUUGGCGGAAUCUUUGUCCCGAGCAAAUAUCGGCCCUGGCUCUUGGGUGCUUUUCUGCUUCAACAAAUCGCGCUGGGCCAUUGUUUCCAUGCUGGCCAUCCUCAAAGCGGGAGGAGCUUGUGUUCCAUUGGAUCCUAGGCAUCCCAAAAGUCGUGUUGUCCAGAUUCUCCAAGCUACUGGAGCUCAGCAUAUCCUAGUGGGCGACGCAGACAACGACAUCAAGAACCGGCUAUGCAAUGAGUUUCCAUCAGUCAAAGUUAUCGGCGUUCCUCACCACGAGGUAUGCGAAUCGCAAGACAUCGACACCAUUUCUCUUAGUUUUGACAGCCCCGCCAUUGGACUGUUUACAUCUGGCAGUACUGGUACACCCAAGGGAAUCGUCGCCACACACGCCACAAUCUGCACCGGGGCAUCUUCGUAUGCGCACCAUAUUGGCGCUGACGACAAAACCCGCGUCCUCCAGUUUGCUUCAUACACCUUCGACGUCUGCAUGGUGGACGUGUUCACAGCGCUUCUGCAUGGUGGCACUCUGUGUAUCCCUUCAGAAGAAGAGCGCAUGACUGGUCUCCAAGAAUACAUCUCGCGUACUCAACCCAACUGGGCGGCUCUGACUCCAACAGUGGCUCGGGUCCUCGACCCGGCUUUGUCUUCCAAAUCCAUCAGAAAGAUUCUCCUCGUCGGUGAGAUGGUGAGAGAGUCUGACAUUGCGGAAUGGCUCGACUCAGGUGUGCAGGUUUAUAACGUCUACGGCCCAGCUGAGAACAACCUGAUCACCACUGCCGCCAAGGCCAUCAGGGGCAGAGCUUCCAACGUCGGAACCGGCAUAAAUACCCACACAUGGGUUGCCGAUGUCGAGAACGAGCGACUCGUCCCGAUCGGUGCGGUCGGUGAACUCAUCUGCUCUGGGCCCCAUCUUACCCCUGGCUACUUGAAUGACCCUGAACGGACUGCAAGCAGUUUCUUUGAGGAUCUCAGCUGGAUCCCCAACAUGAUGGACAAUAAGCCUUUCUCUAGGCGAUUCUAUCGAAGUGGUGAUCUCGUUCGUUACUGCGCUGAUGGUUCGCUGCAGUGUGUUGGGCGUCUGGACUCGCAAGUCAAACUUGGCGGACAGAGGGUGGAACUCAGCGAGAUUGAGUCGUAUAUCAAGUCACACAAUGCUGCUGUCUUGGUCCCCAAGGCUGGUUCCAUGAAGAACAAGCUCAUUGCUGUCCUUGAGGGUGCUGGUUCCUCUGGUCAGUCGCUUGGUAUCUCCUCGUGUGACCCCGGCGUAGCGCAGCAGGUAGAGCAAGUUCUUCGAAAGAAUCUGCCGUCAUACAUGUGCCCGUCAAUCUGGAUCUCUGUCCCACAUCUUCCAUUAUCAUCUUCCGGAAAGCUGGAUAGAAAGGUACUCAUGAACAAGCUCGAGACACUCUCUCACGAGGAGUAUUUGGGGCUUAUCCUGGAUCAUGCCCAAGACGAAGAUGAUCAAGAUGGCCAUGAGACGGAUAAUUGCCAGAGGCUUUUGCGUGAAGCCUGUAGCCAAGUUCUCAAUAUCCCCGUUGAGAGAAUUGCAAUGUCAAGAGCUUUUGCUGGCCAUGGAGGAGACUCCAUCACUGCCAUGCAGGUAUCGUCGCUCAUCAAGCGAACGCAGACGCUGGUAGUUACCGUCAAAGAUCUCUUGACCUGCCAUUCCCUGGCUGAAGCAGCAUCGAGCAUGAGAGAAGUAGUGACCUCAAUACAGGUACCAACUGCUCAUCCAGGCAAACUGUAUCCUCUAUCACCAAUUCAACGCCUUUUCAUGGCGACAGCACCUACCUCUGUAACGUGGAACCACUACAACCAGAGUGUCCUUUUGCGCAUUCGAGAGAGGAGAAGUUCAGACCAUGUCAAGGAAUCACUUGGUGGGGUGGUGCGACGUCAUGCCAUGCUGCGAGGUCGCUUCCAGAGGGUAUCGUCUAGCGAGUGGAUGCAAAGAAUCUUGCCUGAUGACCAAGGAAACCUCUUCUUCGAGUACUUCCCUGAUGCUUCUGAUUAUAAACAACGAGAGGCCUUGAUGCUGAAGGCUAGAGAGUCUCUUGACAUAGAGUCUGGUCCGCUACUUCGGGCUCAGCUCUUCGAUGGUCAAGUUGAACAGGGUAUGCUACUGUUCAUUGUAUCGCAUCACCUCGUAGUCGACCUUGUUUCCUGGAGAGUCAUAUUGGAAGAACUAGAAGUGUCCUUAGCUCAACCCUACGGAAACACCACCGAUGCAAACGACAUCUCAGCCCUCUUAUUGCCUCAAGAAUCAGUUCCAUUUCCCGUAUGGUCGGAACUUCAGCAUGAAGCAGCUAAAAAUAUGGAUCCAGAUCGAGUCAUCCCCCAACAGUAUGCGGUGCCAGCUCCUGACUUUUCUUACUGGGGAAUCUCCUCGGCGCGGAAUGUCUACCGCGAUGUCAUCGAGAAGAGUAUCUCUCUAGGCGACAUGACGACCAAGAACGUGCUUUACGAGUGCCACGAAGCGCUGCAAACCGAACCAGUCGACAUCUUCCUCUCAGCCAUACUUCUCUCGUUCAAACGCGCGUUCCCGGAACGGCCAAUUCCGCCAAUCUUCAACGAAGGCCAUGGCCGGGAGCCGUGGACUAGUGAUUUAGAUAUUUCAAGAACUGUUGGAUGGUUCACUACCAUGUUUCCUAUCUACGUUCCCAAUAUCAGCGCUGGUGACGUGGUAGAUACAGUACGGAGAGUCAAGGACUUUCGUAAAGGCUGUGCCGAAAAUGGAUUCCAGUACUUUUCUACAAAGUAUCUCCACGAGCAAGGACGUAAGACUUUUAAGGACCAUAUACCAGCAGAGAUCAUGUUCAACUACGAGGGAAGAUACCAAUCCCUGGAGAAAGAAAAGUCUCUUCUGAUGGCGGAAGCCUGGGAAGCUGGCGAGGCUUUAUCAGAUUCAGCCCCUGAACUUCAGCGCUUCUGUCUCUUCGAGCUCUCGGCGGCUGUCCUCACCGAUGGGGAGAUUCACUUUACCAUGGCUUGGAACUCUCGAGCUAGGUACCAGGAGAGAAUAUCUCUUUGGCUCACAAGGCUCUUGCCGGCUGUCAUCGACGAGAUUGUGACAUACCUUAUGCUGGAGAAGCGCCAAUAUACUCUCAGUGAUCUCAGCCAAGCCAGGUUGAGUGACUACUCCGAUCUUGAAACUCUCAUGGCUUCGGUAUCGACCAUUCCAGGAAUCGACAGCAUUGAAGGGGUGGAAGAAAUCUACUGUGGCUCGCCAAUGCAGGACAGUCUGGCACUCAGUCAGUCCAGGAUCAGUGGUGGCGUCUACGAGAUAGAUCUCACCUGGGAGGUCACUGACGGCCGCCAAGGGAACUAUCAAGUUGACGUUAAUCGACUUGUGCUGGCCUGGAAUGAUGUUGUUGCUCGGCACGCCGCCCUCAGAACUGUCUUUCUCGAAGCCGCCUCAUCUUCAAACGACGUCAUGCUUCAUCAGGUUGUCCUGAGGAAAUACCGCCCUUCCACAAUCUUGAUGCAUACCCGGGAUUCUUCUCAAGCACUGAAACAGCUCUCAAGCUGCGCGUCGUACAAGAAAAGGGGCAUAUUGAUCGACAAGAGGCCGCCACAUGCUUUGGCAAUUUGUUCAACCGAUGAAGGACGGACAUUUGUCAGAUUCCAAGUCAAUCACAUUCUGUUUGACGGCACUUCGAUCGCUCCGCUGCUACGAGACUUAUCCAGGGCUUACAGGAACAGCCAUGAGGUACGAAGAGAAUGGACUUGGAACCCUUUUGCGAACUUCAUACGCUACAUCCGUGACGAGAAGCGUCGAAGUGAUGAUCUCGCCUAUUGGAAAUCCUACCUUGCGACGGCUAGGCCUUGCCAAUUUCCUACUCUCAAACAUGAGGAAAGCAUAGAAGCACCCGGGACUGAACAACAGAGGGGCGCUGUUCAAGUGUGUAUGAGCGAUAAGCCGUCUUCACUGAGAAACUUCCUAGCAGACAUGGGAGUAACAGUGCCUACUCUGGUGCAGCUCGUCUGGGCACUUGUUCUUCGCAUGUAUACAUCUGACAGCCAGGUUGCGUUUGGCUAUCUUGCUUCCGGCCGAGAUGCCCCAGUCGUCGAUAUUGAGCAAGCGGUUGGGCCUUUCAUUUCCAUUCUGGUCCACUUCCUAGACUUUGACAAUGAAGGACAAUUGCCCAUUGCUGACAUGCUCCAAAGAAUCCAGGAUCGUUCCGCACGCUCCAUUAGCCACCAAAGCAGAUCUCUGGCCGAGAUUCAAGAUGCCAUUGGCCUAACAGGAUCCUCCUUACUGUUCAAUACUGGCAUUUCAUUCAUGCCAAAAUGGACCAAAGACAUGCAAUUGCGAAAUGGAUCAGGCCUUAUAUUCGACCAGAUCGCUGCUAACGACCCUACCGAGUUCGAUAUCUCUCUUAUUGUCGAGACUGGAGACGACGGUGUCGAUGGGAUGUGUAUCUAUGUCGACUAUCGAACAUCAACAGUCGGUCGCAUGCAUGCCAUUAAUAUUGCUGCGUCAUUUGACCACAUCUUGAGUCAGAUUAUACAGGAUCCAUCAGUACCUCUGAACGAUGUCAGCGGCAUCAGUACUCGUGACUUUGAUCAGAUAUCGAACUGGAACAGGCUCCUGAGUCCACCCAAGGAUAAAUGCUUGCAUGACCUGUUUAUUGAAAAGGUCAUCGAGGACCCUACGCGAGAAGCCGUAUUCAGUUGGGAUGGAUCAAUGUCAUAUGGAGAACUGCAUGAUCUGUCAGCCCGUCUUGCCAACUACCUGGUUCAUCUUGGAGUUGGGCCAGAACAGAUGAUUCCGAUAUGUUUUGAAAAGUCCGUGUGGACCGUUGUCACCAUUCUCGCCGUCUUGAAGGCGGGCGGUUGCUUCGUUCUCCUUGAUCCAACCCACCCUGCAUCUCGUCUCUGGAACAUUGUUGGCGAGAUUGAGGCCUCCAUUCUUCUUUGCUCGCCGCUGACCAACAGGUCAAAGAAACUGGAUGCCUCACCAGACAUGAAUGCCCGUAAAGCAGCAAUUAUCGAGAUCCAUCCCUCUUUUGUCAACAACCUGAAAUCUGUCAGCAGGGAGUCACAACAUACUCCCCUGUGCCCCUCUCUAUCUCCAGACAACGCGGCCUAUGUUGUAUUCACUUCUGGAUCGACGGGGAUCCCAAAAGGAGUAGUUGUCACUCAUCGCGCUGUUGUGACUGGUCUCGAUGAACUAGGUCGAGCGGCCGGCAUGACUGCCAUGGGGUCUGGAACUCGCACACUCCAGUUCGCAUCAUAUUCCUUUGAUGCCUCGAUUGCAGACAUCUUCUGUGCAUUACAGCUUGGCGGAUGCGUGUGCGUCAUGUCUGAUGAAGGCCGCAGCCCAGCCGACAUCACAGACUUUAUCCAACGGAGCAGGGCCACGUAUGCUGGCAUCACGCCCUCAUUCGCAUCUCUGCUUGAUCCACGAUUGGUUCCAAGCCUUCGUGUUCUUUGCUUCUCCGGUGAGGCCUUGCCAGCGUCGCAAAUAGAAGCUUGGUCAGGCUAUGUCAAGAUGGUUAAUAUGUACGGACCCACGGAAGCAUCAAUUGCUUGCAUCGCCAACUCGGAGGUAACGAGGACUACCGACGCGUCGAAUAUCGGCAGGGCCUUCCGCGGGUCGACAUGGAUAGUAGACGAGAACGACCAUAAUCAGCUCCGGGCCAUUGGCUCUUCGGGAGAACUUCUCAUAGAGGGACCGAUUCUGGCACGAGAAUAUCUGAAGAGGCCAGAGCAGACAGCUCAGGCCUUCAUCAGUAACCCUCCGUGGCUUCAGAAUAUUAGACCGAAUAGCAGGCUGUACAAGACAGGUGACAUGGUCCGGUACAACACGAAUGGAACCAUCAGCUAUAUCGGCCGCAAAGACAAUCAGAUCAAGAUCAACGGACAGCGCGUGGAAGUUUCCGAGAUAGAAGAGACUCUGAGGGCGUCCAUAGAACCGGAAGCUGGGCUCAUAACAGUAGAGCUUCUUGACCGAAAGGCACUUGGUGAGGCUGACGUGUUAACGGCAUUCGUCUACAUCGCCGGGCAUGACCCAAGCUCGACACGGGACGACAAGGCUGACAACAAGAAGCCCUUUACAAUUCCCGAUAAUCCUUUGCUACUAGAAUAUUUUCGGAGCAUGUUACCACGGCUUGAGUCAUCCAGUUCCAAAAUGCCACGCUACAUGGUACCACAAGCCUACAUUCCCAUAGACAGCCUACCUCUCACAACCUCUGGAAAGGUCGACAGACGCGCUCUGAGACACGCCGCCGCUCAACUGAACCGCAAUCAACUCUUCUCAUUUGCCUCUUCUCUUGACAUGGUACAUGAACCGAGUGUCGAUGUAGUCAAGGACGAUCCAGUUAGCGAGUUGGCGCAUUUAUGGGAGUCUGUCCUUAAUGUGAGAGUCAGCGGGACUCAAAGCAAUUUCUUUCGUCUGGGCGGUAACUCUAUGGCGGCUAUGAACCUGAGAUCGCAAGCGAGAAAGGCAGGGUUUCAACUCUCUGUCGCCGACAUACUUGCCAACCCAACGUUGAGCGACAUGGCCAAAGGAAUGGCUCCGUUGUCGCUGACUGCUCCAGAAUCUACCUCUUCCUCGUCGCCGCAAUCCUUUUCAACGUCCACAUCAACGACUAUUAUCGAGAACGACCCAGAUACAUCGCCAUUCUCCCUCCUCCGUACAAGGGGGAUUGCUUUGAAUGAAGGACUGUGGCAGCAGAUGUUCGACAAUGCGGAUAUUCUGUGGAGUGAGGUUGAGGAUAUUUUUCCUUGCACGCCUAUGCAGGAGGGCUUGAUGGUGCUAUCAGCACAUCGAGAAGGACAUGGAGCUUAUGCCUUGCAUGCUCCGUACAAACUCCCAUCAGACCUGGACCUUGCGAAACUCCAGUUUGCGUGGGAACAGACCACUAUGGUCCAUGCCAUACUUCGAAGCCGCAUCGUGACUCAUAGUCAAGGUGCUCUUAUUGUGUUGCAAAAGAGCCCUGUCGUAGUUCAACAAAGCACUUGCUCUACUCUUGACGAUCAUCUAGAAGAACAAAGACGCCUUAUUUUCGGCUACGGUGUCCCUCUUUUCCGCAUGACCAUGGUUUUUGACCAGAUAGCACAAUGCCACUAUUUUGUCAUGUCUAUUCACCACGCCCUUUUCGAUGGCUGGUCCUUUAGUAGGAUGUGGGAUACUGCUCUUGCCAUCUAUCAAGGGAGACAAUUGUCUCGCGAUAUACCAUCCUUUCAAUCGUUUGUGCAACAUCUUGGCGCUGCACCUCUCUCAGCGUCCAAGGAGUAUUGGAAGAGUCAUUUGGUCGAGCAAGACAGAGACGGUUUCCAGUUCCCUGCGGUUCCAUCAACACACAAACCAAUCGCCACGGCCAGCGCAAGCUUCGAGUUUGCUUUCCAAUCAACCAUCGCCAUGUCUGCAGGUGUCACCCCCUCAACCAUGGUUCACGCUGCUUGGGCAAUACUUCUAUCACAAUACACGGCCAGUUCCACUGUCAACUUUGGCGUGACUUUAUCAGGCCGGGACUUUCCAAUGCCCGGCCUAGAUCAGGUUGUAGGAGCAACGAUUGUCACGUUGCCGAGACAGCUAAACAUCAACUUGAAUCAGAAUGUCAUAGAGUUCCUCGAAUAUGUUCAACAGGAAGCGGCCAAUGUCAUCCCCCACCAGUAUCUUGGUAUCCAUGAAAUUCGGGCUUUGGGACUCGAAGCUCAGCAAGCAUGCAAUUUCAGCACUCUAAUACUGGUCAACCACAACACAGUCGAUUUGGACUCCCCUCUCUCUGUAUUUGGCAUAACCCAGGUCCCGGUUGACUCGGUUGACUUCCAUCCUUAUCCUCUGGCUGUUGAAUUUACAGUUCAACCAGAGUCGCUAGUCGUCAACGUCUGCUACGAUCCAGUGUGCAUUGGAGGUUCUAUGGUCGAAAGUGUAAUGCAGCAGUAUGACCACGUUCUUCAAAGUCUCUCAGAAGGCCUAAUGUGUUCUUCCGGGCUCUCGGGGACCAACCUCGCUAGUAUCAUGACAGGGAUAGCUCCAGCCCAUCUGCAGAAAAUGUUGGAUUGGAACAAGGACGGACACCGCUAUGGAGCAUCUCGCCAGACACAUCUCGUCCUCGAUCACAUAGGCCUGAACACACGCAAUAAUCCAAGAGCCCGUGCUGUUGUGGCUGAUGAUUCCACUCUUUCAUACGCCGAACUCAACCGCUUGGCCAGGGUUGUCUCUCAUAGAAUCACACAACUGGAUAUCAGUGGGGAGUUCAUCGCCGUCUGCUUUGACAAAUCAGCAGCUGCAAUUGUUUCAAUGCUCGCCGUACUACAAACAGGCUUUGCUUUCAUGCCAAUAAGCGCCUCGCAGCCUCCAGCUCGACUUGAGAAUCUGCUUACGGCGGCCAAUGUCCAGGUAGUAUUGACCAGCCCAGCCCACACCGAUUUGCUGUCUGGUCUUUCUUCCCACCGCCGCAUCGUUCCAGUGGACCUGAAGGAUAUCGACCAACACGAACAAAUGCAGCUGAAUCGCUCGGGUAGCGCAGUUGAUAAAUCUAGAGCAGCCUAUCUACUUUACACAUCGGGCACAACCGGACAGCCCAAGGGUGUAGUAGUCCAACACGGAGCAUGGUCCAAAGCUAUUGCCUCUCAAAUAGACUUCUUUGGCUUUACCCGUGACACAAAGAUGCUUCAGUUCAGCAACUACACCUUUGACGCUAGCAUCUUUGAGAUAUUCAUUACCUUAUGUUCUGGGGGGUGUCUAUUUGUUCCAUCUGAGCACUCGAGAGUUAAUGACCUGGAGGGUUUUAUUCGCACCAAUGAACUCAACACCAUUACUCUCACGCCAACUGUAGCCAGAGUGAUACGCCCUGGGCAGUUACCUUGUGUCAGACAGUGUCUGUUUGGAGGUGAAUCACUGACGCAGAGCGAUAUUUUUGCUUGGGCGCAGCAAGGGCGACGGGUCACCAAUUGCUAUGGCCCAACCGAGGCAUGUGUGUUCUCUUGUGGUAGAGAUAUUCGGCUGGAUGCCACUGACACCAAGGUUACCAAUAUCGGUCGUCCCGUCGGUAUCAAUGCUUGGAUCAUCAGUUCUAUGUCCGGAAGCAUAUCUCCUAUCGGAGCGCCUGGUGAACUAUGCCUCGAAGGUCAGAUGUUGGCUCGCGGCUAUCUCAAUGACCCUGAGAGAACCCAGCUUUCAUUCUCCAACCACCUACCCAACAAUAUUCCAGGGAAGAAGAAUAGUAGGACAUACCGCACCGGAGAUAUGGUCUGCCAUGAAGCCGACGGCACUUUGAACUUUCUUGGACGACGAGACGGCCAGAUCAAGCUCCGAGGCCACCGAAUCGACGUUGGCGAAAUCGAGCACCACAUCCAACACGCUAUGGCAGACGACUCAACCUAUCAUUCAAGUACCGUACAAGUCUAUUGGAAGGACACGAGAAACAAGUCAGAUGCCGAACUAGCAGCACUCCUGAGGAUGGAUAUACAGCACAAAGAAUGUGUUAUGGGCGUGCCUUGCUCACUGCUCUCCAUGCCUGGUAGAGCCGACGAGUCUCCAACGGCAUCUCAGUUGAAGUUCAAGCUACGUCGUAUUCUCCCAGAGCACAUGACUCCAAACACAUUUAUCGCUGUGCAGCAUUUCCCUACCACAGCGUCGGGGAAAUUGGACAGAAGCUUUGCUCAACGCUGUGUGGAAUAUUUCGUACCAUAUACUCAGAAGGAGGUCAACAAGAACGAGACAUGGUCAUCAAGCGAGGCAAUUGUUCGAGAAUGGUGGUGUAGUAUCCUUGGAGUCAACACGGAUCUCAUUUGUCGCCAUGAUAACUUCUUCGGUCUUGGUGGAAACUCUAUCUAUGCCAUCAGGCUGGUCGGCCUAGCGCGGUCAAACGGCCAUCAUCUGCAAUACGAAGAUGUCUUCUCGUCCCCUGUCCUCGCUGACAUGGCGUCUCGUCUGUCCCGCCCAGAGGAUUCCCGUGUACAGUCAGAAACACGCCAACCCCCCGAGCCCUUCCAACUCAUCUCGGAGAGUGAUCUGAAGUCAGUCAUGGAUGAUAUCCUACCCUUGUACAACAUCAAUAAAGAUGAAGUCGAGGAUAUUUAUCCCUGCACCCCUCUACAAGCCACUCUCAUGGCUGAAACGGCAAGACAUCGAGGAGUCUAUAUCUUGGCCGAGAGCAUCCAAGUUCCCUCUUCGCAGAUGACACUCUUCCAGGAUGCUUGGCUAUUGAUGUUCAAGUCAUACGAGAUCUUACGAACAAGGAUUGUUCUCAGUCAUGAUCAAAGCCACGGGGAGUGGCAGGUCGUCAUGAAGUACCAACCGUUGACGUGGACUGAGUUCCCUGACGCAAAGUCGUUUAUCGAAUUCGUCUACAACACACAUGAUUACGGGAAACCGCUAGUUCACUUAGCCAUUCUUGGUGGCAAUGGAGGACGGAUCAAGGACACAGACCACUCUGUCAAAGUCGGACUCUGCGUUCAUCACGCUGCGUACGAUGGAUGGUCCCUCUCCAAUAUUUGGCGAACGAUAACGAAGAAGCUUACAUCAAGCUCGAGCUAUUCCGUCGGCCCUUAUACCCCAUUCAACACAUACAUCCGCCACCUCACUGAACAAGACCCAGAGAAAGCAAAGUCUUACUGGAAAGAGAGAUUUUCUGGUCUUUCCAGCGCAAGUCUGAUCCCCCGACCACAAGAUCCAGGUCACCAAUCCUCGGCUACAGAUACGAUCCAACGAAACCUUGAUCUACCUACUCUAAGCGACCAUCUCCUAGGGAAGACAGCAAUAGUGGCGCAGGCGGCUUGGGCUAUUACUAUCAGUCAUUACACUGCCAAUAGCGAUACUCUAUGUGGCACCAUUUUGUCUGGACGAGAGUACGCCGCUGCUAGCGUUCCAGGUGUAGAAACCAUUGUUGGCCCAACUAUUGCUACAGUUCCGUCUCGAACAACCAUCAACUACGACUCCUGUGUCUUGGAUCUCAUUACCGCGGUGCAGAAAGACAAUCUCAACGCCGUUCGCUUCUCUCACAUGGGCUUGGAGCAAAUUUCUCGUUUGAAUCUAGACUGUCGCCAAGCCUGUAAGUUUGAUAACCUCUUCUGGGUACAACCUGAUCUGGACGAGACACCCGCCAAUAGUAUUAUACGAGACAUUAUAAAUGUUCGGGGUUUCUCCUCGAGUCCUAUGGUCUUGGAGAUACAAUUGCCGGCAGAGGGGCAAAAGGUGGUGGUCAAUAUGAGUUUUGACCGUGUUGCAGUAUCAAAUCAGCAGGCGGAGUUGAUUGUAGACACUUACAUUACUAUCAUGGACAAUCUGCUUCAUGCACCGCUUGACACACGGUUGCGAAGCAUAGCUGCACUCUCUCCAGCACAUAUAUCGCAGAUUAGCAGAGUCAGCAGUAGCCCAGUAGAAGCAGUCCAAGCUUGUGUUCAUGAUCUUGUAAGAAAGCAAGUUGAGCUGAGUCCGUCACACACCGCCAUCGACGCUUGGGAUGGUUCCAUGGCAUACGCAGCCCUAGAUGCCUUGUCGACGUCCCUAGCCGAAAAGCUUUCGGGUCUUGGUAUUGGACCUGAAAGUCCAGUCUGUAUACUUUUCGAGAAGUCCAAGUGGGCUAUUGUUGCCAUGCUCGGCGUGGUGAAAACAGGCGGUUGCUUCGUUCCCUUGAAUCCACAGAGUCCAAUCAAGAGACUACAACAUUUAGUUGAAAGCGUGGAUGCUUCGAUCAUACUCGUAUCGCCCCAAUACGAGGAGCUUUCGAUUUCUCUAUCUCUCCACCAUGUCAAGAUCUUGGUCAUAAGCCAAGAUACGAUCCCAUCCCCGAUAUCAGCCUUGAAGCCGUCUCGAGCUUUCCCGUCAUCUGUUGGACCACAAAACGCUGCUUACAUACUGUUCACUUCCGGAAGCACUGGUUUGCCGAAGGGAGUUGUGAUUGAACAUCAAGCUUUAUGUUCCUCCUUGACUGUCCUUUCAAGCCGCGUAGGUUUGAAUUCUAAUUCCAGGGUGUUCCAAUUCAACGCAUACUGGUUUGAUGUAAUGCUUCUUGAUGUGUUUGGCACUCUCAUUUCUGGAGGGACUAUCUGUGCUCCGUCCGAGUCCGAUUGCAUGGAUGAUCUGGCUGGCUCAAUCAACAAGUUCAAUGCCAAUACCAUCGCGGCGCUUUCAACAUCCGUGUCACGAUUGAUUGAACCCAGCAGUAUUCCCUGUCUCAAUACCUUGGGCUUGGGCGGAGAGCCCGUUCUAUCUAGUGAUAGAGAUCGAUGGGCUCCACACGUCAGGCUUUUUUCCAUGUAUGGCCCAACUGAGACUUGUAUCGUAUCUCUGAUGACGGACAUGACGAGCACUACACCUGCUAGCCUAUUGGGUCAUCCAGUCGGCUGUCGAGUCUGGAUCGUCAAUCCUCUCAAAAACGAUGAAUUGGCCCCUCUUGGUGGUAUUGGAGAGCUUUUCAUUGAAGGGCCUGGACUUGCUCGAUAUUACCUUGUCGAUGAGGAUAAGACUGCCGCAGCAUUCUUGUCUAACCAGUCGUGGACGAUUCAAGACCCGAGCUUUCAGGGUUCACGUCGUUUUUACAAAACUGGCGAUCUGGUCCGUAUCAAUACCGACGGUACAGUUAGUUGGAUUGGCCGCAAGGACCAUUCGCAAGUCAAGAUCCGUGGCCAAAGAGUUGAACUCGCGGAAAUCGAGGAGACUAUCAGACAACAUAUUCCGAGUGCUCUCACGGUGGCUGUCGAUAUAUUAAUUGAUGGUGAAAGACGGAUUCUUGCCGCUGUAUUUGGGACAAAUCUUAUGCUACCUGGAUUGUCAGACACCGAGGUGGAGGUUUACAUGGAGAAACUUAUCAAAGGUUUGCUCCCAAAGCUGAACGGAAGCCUGCCGAAGCAUAUGGUGCCAACUGCAUUCAUUCCUCUACCAUUUCUGCCGUUCUUGAGCACAGGAAAGCUGGAUCGCAAAGCUUUACACAGACUCGCCCUACCUCUGGCAGUAGAAUUGACUAAAAGGACCUCCACAAAUAGACAAGCACUAAAGACUCCCAAAGAAAGGCUCCUCAGCGCUCUUUGGUCCGAGGUUCUUUCAACGUCUAAAGGCGAACCGGCAGGUCCGGCUGAUAACUUCUUUAACGCCGGGGGAGACUCAAUGAUGGCAAUGAAGCUAGUCGCGAUGGCCAGACACCGGGGCUUAACACUUUCAGUCGUCGAUAUCUUCAAGAAUCCGAUCCUGUCAGAUAUGGCCGACCUGUUAGGUCCAUUGAGACACGAAGAGGAGCCAUCUAAAGAGGAUUCCACUCACAUGCUGCCCAUUGAUACGUCCUCCAAGCUCAAGGACUCAUUGUACGAGGUCCUUACUGUCCCUCCUGAUAGGAUUGAGCAAAUAUACCCAUGUACUGCCUAUCAAGAGAUGUUUUUGUCGGGGACAGAGGUCUGGCCCGGCGCCCACGUCACCCAAUUCAUCUUCUCAAUAGAUAAGGGCACCGAUAUGCAUCGGCUAGAAAAGGCUAUGGGCCGUUGCACCGCCGAGUUCCCAACACUGAGGACUCGAAUUGUGCGACACGGGGAGAGUGGACAACUUUUGCAGGUCGUUCUCCACAAAGGACAUGAGGCGCCGUGGUCUAUCCAUCUUACAGAUGAUCUAGACUCAGCGUUGGACCAGGAGAAAAAGGACCAUUGGAUGCAUUCCGGCUUGAGUGAGCCCUUGCACAGGUUAUCUCUCGUUAUGAAUAACUCGGGCUGCACUCAUCUCAUCUGGUCGUUGAAUCACGCUGCUUAUGAUGCAUGGUCUUUCGGGAUGAUGCUGAGGUCUCUCGGUCAAGACCGUGCCAAUUCUACCCGUCACUCACGUACUUGUUUGCCUUUCAAUGGACUAAUACGACAUAUCAGCAAGCUGAGAGACGCGAGUUCUGAAUCUCGGAGAUUCUGGCGGUCUUAUAUUGCAGAUAUUGGUUCACAGGUACUGCUUUUCAGAUAUCCAUCGAUCGCAGAUCCUCGUCAGGACCGCCUAGCUGUACACCAGGUAUCAUUUCCCAAACAUGGGGGUAGGAGCUCGACGUCACUUAUCACGGCUGCCUGGAUCAUGUUACUAGCCAGGCUGAGCCAUCGGAAGGACAUUACUAUUGCAUACCUCGUCACUGGACGAACACUCCCACUCGGGGGGAUCGAUACGUGCCCUGGCCCACUCAUCUCGAAGUUACCCCUCCGUAUUCAGUUACUUGAUGAGCCUCGCGGGCUAGUUGAUGUAGCUGACCUUGUACGCAUCGAGACUGUGCGUGUCAUGCCACAUGAGCACACUGGCUUAGACGCUAUAAAGGACUUGGCCAGCCAAGAUGAUGACGACAUUCAUCCGCAUGCUGCUUCACUGCUUGGACGCUUUCCACUUGACCUUGCCAUUCAUCCAGCUGGCCAUACAGACGUUGACGCUGCCAGGAGUAUUGGCAUAACUCACAUUGGACAAAAGGUAGUGGUACCUCCUCCAGGUACAUUCUCAGCUGAAUGUUCAAUAAUAUCCGAGGAUAAUUACAUUGCAGUGAGCCUGGCUGUAAUUUGGGAUAAUAGAGCUAUGGAUGAAGAUGAUGUUAAUAGGGUUGUGGAAAUAUGGAAAGAUAUUAUAGUAAGAGGGUAA